AAAAACACAUUAACAACCAAAUUUUCAACACACAAUUUCACAGCCAUAACCUGCAACAAAAUCAAAACACACAGAGCCAAUUUUCAAUCGACAGAAUCAUCACAACCUGCAAAGCAUCACAUAAUAAUCUUCCAGCCAGAGAACACGCACAAAAACAACCAAAGAUUCAACCACAACCUGCAAAAAUCAUCAAACACCUCAAAUCGCGAAUCACAUUAUCGAAAUCCAUAACCAUACAUUCAGAAUCCAAUACCACAACAACAGAACCGAAUCCUUCACAAAAAAAAACAUUCAAAAGUUGAUAGUGUAGGACCAUACCCAAAAACUACGAUGAUCAUAAAUGUGAGAGAUUCGAAGAUGGUGCAACCAUCAAAGGAGGUUGCACGACGGAGGGUGUGGAACUCCAAUGUUGAUUUGAAGACGCCAAAUAUUCACACGCCCAGUAUUUACUUCUAUAGAACCAACACCACUUCCAAAUUCUUCGACACCAAGAUUAUGAAGGAAGCUCUCAGCAAAGUGCUUGUCUCAUUCUAUCCAAUGGCGGGUCGUUUUUGUUACGACAAAGACGGUCGUGUAGAGAUCGACUGUGACGGUCAAGGGGUGCUCUUUGUUGAAGCUGCCACUAACUCAUUCAUAGAUGAUUUUGGUGACUUUGCUCCCACAUUGCACUUGGGCCAGCUUAUUCCCAUUGUUGAUUACUCGCGCGGAAUCGAAACAUAUCCCCUCCUAGUGUUGCAGGUAACAUACUUCAAAUGUGGAGGAGUCUCACUUGGUGUUGGGAUGCACCAUUAUGUAGCCGAUGGAGCUUCUGCUUUUCACUUCAUCAAUACAUGGUCAGAUGUAACUCGUGGUCUAGAUGCUUCCAUCCCACCAUUUAUUGAUCGGACACUACUCCAUGCCCGCGAUCCGCCACGACCAAUUUUUGAUCACGUUGAAUUCAAAUCUUCACCAUCCAUGAAAAUUCCACAACAGCCCCCUGGCUCAGUGGAUGUAACAAGAUCGAUUUACAAAUUGUCUCGCGAACAACUCAAUAAGUUGAAAGAUAAGUCCAAAGAAGUUGGCAACACAAUCAACUACACCACUUAUGAGAUGUUAGCUGGUCAUGUUUGGAGAAGUGUCUGCAUAGCAAGAUCACUUCCCAAUGAUCAAGAAACCAAAUUGUAUAUCCCAACAGAUGGAAGAUCAAGGUUGCAACCUCCACUUCCAUUGGGUUACUUCGGCAAUGUGAUAUUCUCAACCACACCUAUAGCUCUAGCAAGUGAUCUCAUUUCAAAACCAACAUGGUAUGCUGCAAGCAGAAUUCACAAUGCAUUGUUGCGAAUGGACGAUGAAUACAUGAAAUCUGCUAUUGAUUAUCUAGAGUUACAACAUGAUAUAAGAGCUAUUCCCCGCAACCCUAAUGUUAAGUGUCCAAAUCUUGCGAUCAUUAGUUGGGCAAAGUUUCCAAUCUAUGAUGCUGAUUUUGGUUGGGGAAGGCCAAUUUUCAUGGGACCUGGGGCUGAUUUUGAUGGACAGUGUUUCAUAAUUCCAAGCUCAACAAAUGAUGGGAGUUUAUCUGUGGUAAUUUCUCUUCAACAUGAGCACAUGGAAGUGUUUAAGGAAUUGGUGUAUGAUAUUUGAAGAAACAAAAUUAUUGAGGUUUACUGUCAUUUGAACAUGUUUGUUUCAAUUUUUUUGUUUUUGUUUUUCAUUACGUACUUUUAGCUGAACCCUAAAAAAAGUUAAUGGGAUUUAAGCUUACAAUAAACUAAGUUUCCGGGGUUACAGUGUUAUAAUUUGUAAACAAUUAUAUUUGAUAUUGUAAUUGCAUAUUGUUGAAUUUU